UGCGCGAAAGCAGCGCAAACGGAGAGCGCGCGCAGGCGCAAAAGCCGGAGGAGGUGUUGGGUUCAGUCCCUCCUUCCGGUUUUCAUCCACCUUCUCCCCGGACUCUGGUCGCGGCCGCAGGUGACCGCCUCCCCAACCCCAGGGGGCAGGUGGCAGGGGGCCAUGGAGAACGCUAACGGUGCCAAGCAGACUGUGACUGAGGACUCGCAUCCGGCCGAGGGGCAGGCCGGGAGCACCACUGCGCAGGGAGAGCAGGCACAGCUGCUUUAUCACGAGGAAACCAUUGACCUCGGUGGAGACGAGUUCGGGUCUGAAGAGAAUGAGACUGUAUCAGAAGAUUCUAAUAAUUUCGUAGAUAAACUUAAUGAGCACAUGAUGGAGAGCGUCCUCAUUUCUGACUCUCCUAAUAAUAGCGAAGAUGACACAGGUGACCUUGGCUGCUUACAGGAUGUUGUGGAGCCUGCAGAAGGCAACGCUGGUCCCAGUCUGGAAAGUCUUGGGGACGAAGGAGCGGUGGACACCCUGAGCAAGGACAGUGAAAGUGAUGGAGAGGGUGCGUCUAAAGACAUCUCGGACAUGACCCCUGACCCAGAGCACAACCAAGUCAAAGGUGUGCCUGCCUUGGGGGAGGAGGGGGCAGAGGACCCUGGCCCAGGGGACGGGAGCACUCGCCCGGAGGGGCCGGGGUGCGUACCACCCUCGAGGCAGUCCCCUCCCAAUGAGGAGCCUGUCCCCGUGUGCACCAUUUUCAGCCAGUCGCUUCCUGCCCGCUCCCAGCCGCCCCUGCGGGAUGGCUUCGAGUCCCAGAUGGUGAAGUCUCCGAGCUUCAGCGGCACGAGUGAGACGGUGGCCAAGACCCCUCCCCAGGCGGUGCAGCCCAGCCCCAGCCUGAGUAAAUUUUUUGGUGAUCCAGCCAACACUAAUUCCUUGGCCUCGGACUUCUUUGAUUCAUUCACGACUUCCACUUUCAUCUCCGUCAGUAACCCCAACGCAGGUUCUUCAGCUCCAGAAAAACUGUCUUCACUCUCCACUCCGGGGGCAGAAAGGUCCCCAGGUACCUCUGAGCCUUCUCACUCCCCAGGGAUUGAAAAGUCAGAAGCGGGUAUUUCCACAGCUUCUCUAGAAAUCCCUCAGUCUCCAAAACCGUUUUCACAGAUCCAGGCUGUGUUUGCGGGGAGCGAGGACCCCUUUGCCACAGCCCUGAGCAUGAGCGAGAUGGACCGCAGGAGUGACGCCUGGCUCCCCGGGGAGGGGACCAGGGACAUCCUGAUUUCAGUAGCCACCCAGCAAUACAGCACAGUGUUUGUAGACAAGGAGAGCCUCACCAUGCCGGGCCUCAAGUUUGACAACAUCCAGGGGGAUGCAGUUAAAGACCUGAUGCUUCGCUUCCUGGGUGAGAGAGCCGCGGCGAAGAGACAGGUCUUAAAUGCCGAGUCCGUAGAGCAGACUUUUGUUGGGUUGAAACAGCUAAUUAGCUGCAAAAACUGGAGGGCAGCAGUUGACCUGUGCGGGCGCCUUCUCACCGCCCACGGCCAAGGCUACGGCAAGAGCGGGCUGCCCACCAGCCACACGGCAGACUCAUUGCAGCUUUGGUUUGUGAGGCUGGCACUGCUGGUGAAGCUGGGCCUUUUCCAGAAUGCCGAGAUGGAGUUUGAGCCCUUUGGAAAUCUAGACCAGCCCGAUCUCUAUUACGAGUACUACCCUCAUGUAUACCCUGGCCGAAGGGGCUCCAUGGUCCCCUUUUCGAUGCGGAUCUUACACGCGGAGCUUCAGCAAUACCUGGGGAAUCCGCAGGAGUCCCUGGACAGACUGCACAAGGUGAAGGCCGUCUGCAGCAAGAUCCUGACAAAUUUGGAGCAAGGCUCAGCUGAAGACGGGGGCAUGAGCAGCAUCACGCAGGAGAACAGACAAGCCUCCAUUCAGCUGUGGCGGUCCCGACUGGGCCGGGUGAUGUGCUCCAUGGCAAACUGCCUGCUCCUGAUGAAGGACUAUGUGCUGGCCGUGGAUGCUUAUCACUCGGUUAUCCAGUAUCACCCAGAGCAAGAGCCGCAGCUGCUGAGCGGCAUCGGCCGCAUUUUCCUCCAGGACGGCCGUCCCACCUUUGCAGGCUGAGCCUAAGCGGCCUCUGCCCCCAGCCACCCUCCAUCUGUAGGGCUUCUGCAUGACAUCCCUGAGCCGGGGCCAGGGAAAGGAGCAUGAGCAAAGGACAGUCCCUGAUAAUCGGAGAAGGGCCAGACGUCUCUGGAGCACCACUCACCCUGAGCAGGCGCCGUGUGCAGCCGUUCCGCCGUGGGGACUAUCAGCCAUUUUACAGAUUAGCAAGUGGAGGCUUCCCUGUGGUUGAGUGAGCGGCCCAAGGCCUGAGACAUGAGCGUACCAGGAGGAACUUGAACAAGGGCUCUCUGAGCCCAGAGCUCAGUUCUCUUCACUGAAGGGGGGCCCUGUCCUCCUACACCCCCAGUCGUCCACAUGCAUCCCUCCUCCACACCACACGCACAUCUAUGCACACUCCUCCUGCAACCCCAGUCCAUGCACACACACACCCCCCUCCACACCUCACACGCACACACACGUACAUCUGCAUACACUCCUCGUACCCCCACUCAUCCACGCACACACCCCUGCACACCACACACACACACACACA